AUGAAUUCCGACCUUCAUCUACCUUUUCCUGAAUGGGUGCCGAAAGAAAUAGUGGCUGGAUAUCGAGAUAAGGGCGUCGAAGGACUUUUUCAUUGGCAACAUGAGAUUCUGAACGCAGCAACCGAGACAAAUGAGAACGUAAUAUACGCGGCUCCAACUAGCGCCGGAAAAAGUCUGGUUGCCGAACUUCUUGCCCUUUAUGCUGCUUUGCAUGAAAAAAAGAGCUUUUUUGUUUUACCUUAUGUUGCUGUCGCCAAGGAGAAAUUACACCAAUUACAGAAAAUUUGGCGUCGUAUCGAUCUCCAAGUUGCUGGUUUUAUGGGUCAUCAAUCUGCUGAGCGAAACGAUUGGAUGUGUGCAGUCUGUACGAUUGAAAAGGCCAACUCGCUAGUGAAUAGGAUGAUUACAGAAGAUACAGUUGAAGAUCUUGGUGUAAUAGUUCUUGAUGAACUUCAUAUGGUAAACGAGGGUUCUCGGGGAACAACAUAUGAAUUUUUCAUAGCAAAGGUACUAUUUCUUCGAGAACACAACUCGGCCGCUCGGAUUGUGGCGAUGAGUGCUACACUUUCUAACACAUCAAAAAUUGAAACCUGGCUAGGGUCUUCAGUUUAUCAAACAAAUUUUCGCCCAGUUGAUCUGAUCGAAACCAUUGCAAUUGAGAAUGACUUGUGUGAUAUUAACGGCGACAACAAAAUACGCGAACUCCCAAAUGAAUUUCGAAGUUUUGCACAAGAUUACGAUCGAAUGUUAGGAUGGACGGUCGAGGCACUUUGUUCUGGGAACCUCUGUUUAGUAUUUUGCUCUUCAAAAGCUGAAGUGGAGAAGGUUGCUGUGGAGAUAGCUAGAAUCAUUGCGGGUCUGCUACCUACAAAAUCGGAGUUAAAGAGUGUAAUUGAUCGUUCCGCAUUAACUGAAUUGAAGACGGAAAUGGAACGAAUUGGGCCCAUUGACCCUUUGCUUGUAAAAACAUUACCCCGUGGGAUCGGUUUUCAUCAUGCAGGUCUAACCGCCGAAGAGAGAGAAUGCCUUGAAAACUUUUUUCGGCGAGGAAUAAUUCGGUUAUUGGUUGCUACAUCGACUCUUUCUUCUGGCGUUAAUUUGCCUGCAAACAAAGUCAUAAUUCGUGCUCAAACCAGAGGUCCAACCGCAAUAAACAGUAUGACUUACAAACAAAUGGCUGGACGAGCUGGAAGAAUGGGACAUGCAAACAAGGUAGGUGGCACUCUUUCUAGCACUUGCAUACAACUUGACCGAGUGUUUAAGAGCGCCCCU